UGCACCACGACUCUUCUAUCCGGCAACAUGUCUCUUAAGACUUUGUUCCUCUCGUUACUUGCGGUUCUCUUUAUCCAUGGCUCGAGUGGGGCAAACAUUCUGGCAGUAUUCAGCUGCCCCUCUGCUUCGCAUCUGAUUGUCGAAAUGUCUAUGGCCAAGGUGUUGGCUGAGAAUGGACACAACGUCACAGUGAUCACAUCUCUGAAGCCGCAUGUCACUCACAAGAAUCUAAAUCUUAUUUACGUUCCACUUACUGAGGAGGAGCGCAAAGCUUAUGAGGCAAGCAUAGCCGGAAUGGCCGAAAGAGACAAUUCUGAUCUGAUUGCAGCUGUAUUUCGCAUGCGAAAAGAAUUGUUGGCGAUGUUUAACAAAAGCCGUGAUGUCAUGAAAGAUCCACGAGUCAAAGAUCUGUACGAGAACAAGGAUAACAAGUUCGAUCUCGUUAUGGUCGGUUACUUCUUCAAUAGCUUUCAAAUAGGCAUCGCUCAGAAGCUGAAGGUGCCAGUGGUGUUGGUGACUUCAAUGUUUCAAUCAGACCUAUUCAACCCCAUGCUGGGCGAUAUCCAAACAGAGGCCUAUGUACCAACAAUGGGUAUUUCCCUCGAACAAGGCCAAUCAAUGAGUUUUGGACAACGAUUGACCAAUUACAUAUUUCUCAACGUAUUUAAAUUAUUUAUGUAUCUUAUGGAGAAAGAUAAUGCAAAUUAUUACGAAGAGCUCUACGGAAAUGAUUUGAGUAUGCCAAAAUAUGAAGAUCUCAACAAAAAUGUAUCUCUCGUCCUCUUCAAUUCCCAUGGUCUGAGUGAGGGCCCUAUCCGGCCCAACUUCCCAGGAGCAAUAGAAGUUGGAGGAAUUCAAAUUAAGGAAAAACCCGAUCCACUGCCAAAGCCAAUUGCCGACUUUCUACAAAAUGCUACAGACGGAGCAAUUCUUCUUAGUCUAGGAUCCAAUUUGAAGGGGGCCUACUUGAAGCCAGACACAGUGCAAAAGAUGUUCAAUGUACUGUCAAAGCUGAAACAGAAAGUCAUCUGGAAGUGGGAAAAUCUAGAUAAAACUCCAGGCAAAUCAGAUAAUAUUCUUUACUCCAAGUGGCUGCCUCAAGAUGAUAUCCUCGCCCAUCCCAAAAUUAAACUCUUCAUUAAUCAUGCUGGACGAGGGGGCAUCACUGAGUCUCAGUUUCAUGGAAAACCCAUGCUCUCGUUGCCGGUGUUUGGAGAUCAGCCUGCCAAUGCUGACAAGAUGGUCAAGGAUGGAUUUGGACUCAGUAUGAGCUUGCUAACCCUGGAAGAGAAACCUUUUCAUGAUAACAUCAAAGAAGUGCUCGAAAAUCCCCAAUAUACAGAAAAAGUGAAAGCAUUUUCCCAACUCUUCCGAGAUCGUCCACUGACAGCUCGUCAAAGCGUGCUCUAUUGGAUUGAGUAUGUUCUGAGACAUCAUGGAGCAGCUCAUUUGCAGAGUCCGCUCGUCCACAUGAGUUUUAUAGCCGCCAACAAUUUGGAUAUUUAUGCAUUGCUUAUUUGCAUCGUAGUCAUCAGUUUGCUUAUCGCUAAAACAGUCAUUAAAUAUUCUUAUGAAAAGAUCACUAAAAAGUCGAAAAGAGCUACGACUGUUAAGAAUCCAAAGAAAGUGAAGUCGAAAUAAAUUAAUCUCUUGAUAUUGAUUUGUUAUAGAGAAUGAGUAAUAAACACUGUAUAAAGUAGGCCUGACGUAAAAUAUAGUUAUAGUUAUGAAUGAUAUUUAUAAACUCCCACUUUGAUUUCAU